UUUUUUCUCUUCUUUCAAGUUUCACAGAUCGAAAAAACACCACUCCUCCCCCUCUAUAUAUAGAAGUGAGCUAGCUAAGUAGCUUCCAUAAAAAUGACUGAGUUUAGCAGCGGUGGCUCGAGUUUCAAACAAAUGAGGAGUUUCAGCUUUCAAAUAAUCACCGGGAGAUGGUUCAUGGUGGUUGCUUCCUUCUGCAUCAUGGCCGUCGCGGGGGCAACCUACAUGUUCGGUCUUUACUCUAACGAGAUCAAAUCAUCUCUCGGUUAUGACCAAACCACCUUGAACCUCAUCGGUUUCUUCAAAGACUUGGGUGCCAAUAUUGGAAUCAUUUCCGGCCUAAUCAAUGAAGUAACCCCGCCAUGGGUCGUGCUUUUCAUUGGCGCAGUCAUGAACUUUUCGGGUUACUUCAUGAUAUGGCUUGCUGUUGCAGGAAAAAUAGCCAAGCCUAAAGUAUGGCAGAUGUGUUUGUACAUGUGUAUUGGCGCUAAUUCUCAGACUUUUGCUAAUACGGGUGCAUUAGUUACAUGUGUCAAGAAUUUCCCCGAAAGCAGGGGAGUUGUAUUAGGCCUUUUGAAGGGCUUCGUAGGGCUAAGUGGCGCGAUCAUCACACAACUCUACCAUGCUCUUUACGGAGAUGAUUCCAAGUCACUCAUCUUGCUCAUUGCUUGGUUACCCGCGGUUGUGUCCUUCGUAUUUCUCAGAACUGUUCGCAUAAUGAAGGUGGUUAGAGUAUCUAAUGAGCUCAAGAUUUUCUACAAUCUUCUCUACAUAUCUCUCGGCUUAGCUGGUUUUCUAAUGGUUAUAAUCAUAGUACAAAAUAGUCUUAGUUUUACGAGGGCUGAGUAUGCCGCAACUGUUUCAGUUGUGAUUCUUUUACUUUCGGCUCCACUUUUGAUUGUCAUCAAAGAAGAGUGGAAAAUAUGGAAACUCAAGAAACAAGUGUCUGGAAAUGAUCAUGAUCAAAUUCAAGUGAUCGAUGAAAACCCACCGUCUCCAGCUACGACGAAUCAUCCUUCGACGAGCCCACAAAAAUCAUCCUCAUGUUUUCGCAAUGUUUUUAAGCACCCCGAACGCGGCGAUGAUUUCACAAUCCUCCAAGCAAUUUUCAGCAUCGACAUGAUCAUUUUAUUCUGCGCUACGACUUUCGGCGUUGGAGGAACACUCACGGCAAUCGAUAAUUUAGGCCAGAUUGGAAAAUCACUCGGCUAUCCAACCAAAAGUAUCACCACCUUCAUCUCAUUAGUCAGUAUAUGGAAUUACUUGGGUCGGGUUUUCUCCGGAUUUAUGUCCGAAAUUCUGUUGACGAAGUACAAGUUCCCCCGUCCCCUGAUGCUCACUCUCGUCCUACUUUUCUCAUGCGUGGGACAUCUCCUCAUCGCUUUCGGCGUGCCCAACAGCCUCUACUUGUCAUCCAUAAUCAUGGGGUUCUGUUUCGGAGCUCUGUGGCCUUUGAUCUUCGCGAUCAUUUCUGAACUAUUCGGCCUCAAAUAUUAUUCCACAUUGUACAAUUUAGGCGCUGGCGCGAGUCCUUUCGGUGCAUUUAUUUUGAACGUCAAAGUAGCUGGUCAUCUUUACGAUAAAGAAGCGUCGAAACAAAUGGCAGCCAAGGGACUGAAGCGUCUGCCAGGAGAAGACUUGACAUGCAGUGGAGUGAAGUGCUACAAGGAAGCGUUUUUGGUGAUUACGGGAGCAACUUUGUUGGGAGCUCUUGUGUCAUUGAUCUUGGUAGUGAGAACUAGAGAGUUCUACAGAGGCGAUAUCUACAAAAAGUUUAGAGAACAGGCUGUCGUACUCGAUGCACAAAACUCUGGAACUGCUUCGAGAACCAACGGUACUGCAGAGGCAGCGACUUAAAUUAGUAGCGGAUGGUUUUUAGAUUAUUUGAAUGAGCUCCUGACUCGGUUUGAUGAUGAUCAGGCAAGUGUUUAUUUUGUUCGUGUUUGCUUGUACGCCCGUGUAAAACACAAAGAAAAAGAAGGAAAAUUACUUCGCAGA